AUGAGUUCAACGAUAUCUGGACGUCCAUCAAUGCCUUUAGUAACAAAUAAAAAAUCUUCUUCAACUAAUAAUGGUUCAACAUCAACUACAGACACAAAACGAGCGACAUCAAUUGAAGGUAUUGUUGAUACCGCUAUACCAAAACUUAAAAAAGAAUCAUCAAGUGGUUUCAAUUAUCAAAGUUUGACUGAAUCAACACCAUUAAAUGUACCAAAAACAAAAACAAAAAGAAAAUUACCUGUACGUUCACAUAGUUCAACAAAUGUUGAACUUAGUUAUCAUUUACCUCAAUUGAAAAAUAUCGGAAAACGAAAACCAACAACUAGUGGUGAUGAUCGAAAUAAUAAUAAUGAAGAACGUAUACAUUUAACAUCAUCAAACCUUAAAGUUGAAUGUGAUGAUAAUAGAACAGAAACAUCUGUACAUAAAACAAUGGAAGUUGAAAAAGUAGAAUUGCCUAUGUCAUGGAAACCAGCUAAAAAACAAAUUACUAUUGAAAGAGAUUCAUGGGAUCAUAAAAUCGAAUUUCUUCUUGCUGUUAUUGGUUAUGCGGUUGAUUUGGGUAAUGUUUGGCGCUUUCCGACAGCUGUUUACUUGAAUGGUGGUGGAGCUUUUUUCAUACCAUAUUUUACUCUUUUAAUAUUCGGUGGAUUACCUCUGUUCUAUAUGGAACUUGCUCUUGGUCAAUAUCAUCGAUCAGGCGUUUUCACCGUUUGGAACUAUAUUUGUCCAUUGGUAAAAGGAGUUGGUUGGGCAACACUAUUAAUUAAUUUUAUGAUGGCUAUGUUUUACAAUACAAUAAUUUCAUGGGCUGUUUUUUAUUUGGUUAAAUCAUUUAAUAGUAUUGGAUCUGAAUUGCCAUGGAAACAUUGUGGUCAUUCAUGGAAUACAAAUUGUUGUGUAGCAGCUGAUAUAACAGAAUAUAAAAAUAACUUACAAUCAGUUAAUACUGCAAACCAAAUGUCUACUAAAACGAUGAUUAAUACAUCAUCUUUACUAGCACAAUCAGCACAAUAUUGUAACCGAUCUGUUUAUUCAACUGAAGAAUAUUUUUAUCGACGACUUCAAGAAGUAGAUAAAGCCGAUGGAUUUAAUAAUUUAGGCAAAAUUAAAUGGGAACUUGCUCUAUAUCUAUUUAUUGUCUUUGUUAUUGUCUAUUUUGCACUUUGGAAAGGAAUUAAAAGUUCUGGAAAAGCCGUAUGGAUUACUGCUAUAGCACCAUAUAUUGUUCUAUUGAUAUUAUUAGUUCGUGGUGUUACUCUAUCAGGUGCAUCAAUUGGAAUUGAAUAUUAUCUUAAACCUAAAUUGAAUUUAUUAAAAAGUUUUACUAUUUGGAAUGCAGCAGCAACGCAAAUAUUUUUUUCACUUGGACCAGGCUUUGGUGUUCUAUUAGCUUUAUCAUCAUAUAAUAAAUUUCAUAAUAAUUGCUAUAGAGAUGCAUUAGUAACUAGUACAAUUAAUUGUGCUACAUCACUUCUAGCUGGUUUUGUUGUCUUUUCAACACUUGGCCAUAUGGCUAGUGUAUCAGGCAAAACAAUUGAACAAGUUAUUGCAGAUCAAGGUUCGGAACUUGUCUUUAUUGUUUAUCCACAUACAAUUGCAUUAAUGAAGUGGUCAUCAUUAUGGUCAAUUCUUUUCUUUUUUAUGUUGAUCACUUUAGGCAUUGAUAGUACAUUUGGUGGUCUUGAAUCAAUAAUUACUGGUUUAUGUGAUGAAUUUCCAAAUAUACUCGGACGUCAUCGAUCUUUAUUUGUAUUAGGUGUUCUUGUCAUAUGCUAUUUAGGUGCAUUGCCAACAUGUACGUAUGGAGGUGAUUAUAUUGUUAAUUUAAUGAAUGAAAUAGCUGUGGCUCCUGNGACGGACGGACACACUGACUAUUCUAUAGUCUACUCACUUUUUGAGUACACAAAACUAUGA